CCUAAUCUUUGCUUCCUCAAGCCAUGAGAUGCCAUCAUCAGCCCUCCAUAUCUGGAGGGCAUUUCUGUCCUGAGACCUCCUCCUCCACUCUCUAUUCUCUUAAGCGAGUGCCAUACGGCUCCCUCCCACAAUACCCACCAACAAUAUACCAACAUAUUCCCCCACUCUCCUCUCUUUCCUCUCCCCUUCCCUUCCUUUUCUCUCUCUUUACAUUCCCCUCUCCCUCUCCUCUCUUCACCUGUCUUCAUUCCCUUCUCUCUCCCCACUUCCAUCUUCUCUUUACUUCGCUCUUUCUCUCAUGGCCUCACCUGAAGAAGGUCCAGAACCACUAAAAUAUCAGACUUUGACCUUGAAGGUCUCCAUCCACUGCGAAGGCUGUAAGAAGAAAGUGAAGAAGGUCCUCCAUAGCAUCGAAGGUGUCUAUAAGACUACCGUUGAUUCCCAGCAGCAGAAGGUGAUCGUCAUAGGGAACGUUGAGGCGGACACGCUCAUCAAGAAGCUCCUCAAGACCGGGAAGCACGCCGAGCUCUGGCCGGAGAAGAAGCCCAACAACCCCGGCGGCGGCGGCGGCGGCGGUGGCAAGAAGAACAAGAACAAGAACAAGGCCUCAGGCAAACCAAACGAGCCGUCGGAAAACCCGGAGAGCAAUCAGACCCCCUCCGGCGAUGAUUCUCCCCCGGACUCCUCUGCCAAUGCCGACGGCAAUGCCCCGAAUAUCGGUGGCAAGGAUUCUCCAAAGGCCGACAACAAGGAGACUGGGAACUCCCCACCAUCUGACAAACAGAACGGCGGCGGCGGCGGCGCCCCCGCCCCCGCCCCCGGCGGCGGCGGUGGCGGUGGUAAGAAGAAAGGGAAGAAGGGUCAGAAGGAGAACAGUGGCGGCGGCGGUGGCGGUGGCGGUGGCGGUGGAGGUGAAGGUCCAGGAGUCUCAGAAGGGAUGGGCGGCAAACCAGGCAGCGGCGGUGGCAGCGUAGUGAGCUUGCCGGCGUUCAGUUAUGGAGUCUACCCGACGUCGCAGCCGCCGGCCUAUGUAGUGAGCUACAGCACUGUGCAGCCGAGUGCAAGCUAUGGCGGUGCCUACUACCCGAUGCCCAUGAAUCAGAGCAGCUACUUCUAUUCCACUGCGACGCCAGGUUCGUGUUAUAUCUUCAGUGAUGAGAAUGCCAAUGCCUGUAGAAUCAUGUGAGGAAGAUGAUGGCGGCGGCGGCGGCUUCUGAUCAAUUUUAUGUAGUCCUUUUGUUUCUCUUGGUGUAGUGUAAUUUGAAGUAGUUGUAGGUGUUAAAAGACUGAAGGUAUGAAUUAAUGAAUGUGAGAGUACUUAAGCUUAUACUACUUGUAUAAGUGAAUGGUGGGAGGUAAUGCGAGUCUGAAGCUUAUGCUGCUUGUAUUAGGUGUAAUGGUGGAAGGUGGAGGUGAAGACUGUAGUUUGGAUGAUUUUUGUAGCUUUUUAACUGUGUAAAUGGUGGAAAAGAUGAGAAAGUUGAGGUGUU